AUGUCCACCCCAAAUCCCAGCAUCGCCACGAGCAAGUGUAUCCUGGUCACUGGCGCAACGUCAGGCAUUGGCCGUGCUCUGGCACUCAAGUUCAAAGAGUUGCCAUCCAAGCCACAGGUCAUUGCCGUGGGGCGGCGUCAAAACCGACUCGAUGAGCUUGCCGGCCAAGGCUUGGAGACUGUGCAGCUCGAUGUGCAGAGAAGUGCAGAACAGCUGAAGAACGAUCUGGGCAUAAUUGUUGAGCGCUAUCCCGAUCUCGACACGGUCGUUCUGAACGCGGGUAUUCAACAUCAAUUCGACUUCACUCAACCAGAGAGUGUCAACUUGAACAAGGUCGCCGAGGAGCUGAACAUUAACUACACAUCAGUUCUGACAACCGUUCUGGCAUUGAUGCCGCAUUUCCAGAAGCUGGCGGCCCAGGGCAGAGAGUGUUUCUUCGUUGGUAUUUCGUCUGGCCUGAGCAUGGUUCCCGCCGCCUGGGUACCGAACUAUGCAGCAACCAAGGCGGCUGUCCACAGUCUGCUCAUGGCUCUUCGCGCCCAACUGGCGGACAGCAAAAUCCAUGUCGUUGAAGUGAUGCCCCCUCUCGUCGAAUCUGAGUUACACGAUCCGUACGGUACCACUGAAGCACUCUCCAAAACAUGGAUGACCCUGGAGGAGUUCACCAAACUUACGCUCGACGGACUGCUCAAAGGCGAUGACGACGUGCCGGUGGGUAUGUCUGCAGCAGUGUUCCAGAAAUUCGAGGCAGGGAAGAGCCAGAUGGCGAUUCAUUUGAUGAAGAACCACAAGGCGGGAAAAUCUUACUGA